AUGCGCCCAAUUGAGAAAUUAUUCACCGAGAAUGAACCAGAUUCUGAUAUUAUUCUUGAAAAAGUAAUUCAGUUGGGCUCUGAUUUUAUUGGUGGAGAAUGGAAGACUGUUAAGAAAAGCCAAGUGAAUGUAUCCAGGAUUUUAGGUGGACAAUCUAAUCAUAUGUUUCAUGUGACGUCUUCUACUUCUGCUACCGAAUAUCUCUUGAGAAUUCAUCGUCAAGGAGACAGUCAUGUAUUCACAGACACUGUUAAUUUUGCCAUUUUUUCUGAACGAGGACUCGGUCCAAAACUAUACGGAUUCUUCGAGGGAGGACGAAUGGAAGAGUUUUUGCCAAGUAAAACAUUAGACUCUGAUCGUAUUCUGGAAGCAGAAAUUUCUCGAAAAGUCGGGGCAUCGUUUCCUCGUUAUCAUGCAAUUGAUGUUCCCGUUUCAAAGGAAAGACGAUGUUUUCAAAUUAUGAGAGAAUCAUUAAAAGAAUACGAGUAA